GAAAAAAACCUUUCUCCCACCCGAUCCCUAUACUUUCCUUUCUUCCUCUCUCUAUCGCAUUUUUUCUGCUAGGCCCGAACGACGACGGCAGGGGCUCGGGGAAUGGUGGUCGACGGCGGCAAGGGGGUCGGGGUCGGGCUGUUCGGCGGCAGGGGGCUCGGGGCUGGGCUCGACAGCAACGACAGGUGGCUCGGGGGCUGGGCUCGACGGCGGGUGGGGGGGUCUCGGGUCUGGGCUCGACGUCGCAGGGGCUAGGCAGAGGGCUGUUUGGCUUCGGGACUUUGAGAGACACGAGAGCUAUGACCAUGGCUGAACCUGAACAAGCUGAGAGCUGUGGCAGCAGACCACUCUUCUCUUCUUCUCACCCUCAAAGGCAGAAGCUUGACAUGUACAACGAUGUUCUUCGUCGAAUUCAAGAGAUCAACCCUAUUGAAGCUUCUCUUCCUGACUUUGAUGAAGAGCUCUGGCUUCACUUCAAUCGUCUCCCAGCUCGAUAUGCUUUGGAUGUGAAUGUGGAGAGGGCUGAAGAUGUUCUUACUCAUAAGAGAUUGCUUAAAUUAGCGGAGCAGUCUCUUCUUCAACCUGCCUUUGAUGUUCGAAUUGUUCAGGUCUAUUCACCAUUGAUUGGGAAUUCUAUGGAUUCUGUUCAUUCGGAUGCUUCAAUGAAGGAAGAUGCACAAAGUUCUUAUCAUCCUGUCAAACAAGGGAUUCAUGUGCCGCCUACCUUUGGUUCAUCGCCUAAUCUUGAAGCACUUGCAGUUCACACCAACGCCCAACAUGUUGUUGAAGAUGGAGAUACUUCCAUGAGCGAGAGGACUGUUUUCCAUAGCCCAUUGCAUGAGAUCACUUUUUCAACGGUUGACAAGCCUAAACUCCUUAGUGAGUUAACUUCAUUACUUGCUGAAAUUGGACUAAACAUUCAAGAAGCUCAUGCCUUUUCAACUUGUGAUGGAUUGUGCAUUGUGACUGAGUUCAUGUCUAGAGGAAGCCUAUACGAUUUUUUGCAUAAGCAAAAAGCUGAAUUUAAGCUCCCUUUUCUACUCAAAGUAGCAAUGGAUAUUUCAAAAGGAAUGAACUAUUUGCACCAGAAUAACAUAAUCUCAAGACAGCUAAUCUUCUAAUGGAUGAAAAUGAAUGCAAUAAGCAAAACCCUUGCUGGCAUGCUUUUAGGAAGGUUAUUUGUUGGGACUGGUAUAGGUUUGGGACCUCCUGUUGCUGCUCUCUAUGUAACUGAGGUUUCACCUGCUUUUGUUAAGGGUACUUAUGGAAGCUUAAUCCAAAUUGCUACAUGCCUUGGGAUCAUGGGGGCUCUUUUAGUUGGAAUCCCUGUCAAAGAUAUUGCUGGCUGGUGGCGCGUUUGUUUUUGGGUAUCUACAAUUCCAGCUACAAUACUUGCUCUUGCCAUGAUUUUCUGUGCGGAAAGUCCUUCUUGGCUGUACAAGCAUGGAAAAGCUACUGAAGCGGAAGUUGAAUUUGAGAAGCUUUUUGGAGUAGCACAUGACAGAGCUGGCCAAGUUAGACAGAGGAGAUGACAUAGAUUCUGUUAAGAUUUCAGAAUUGUUAUCUGGUCCUCAUUUUAGAGGUAUAGAUAAGAUACUGUCUUGUAUGAUUGGUAAUUUCAUUUGUUUGUGAAAUUUAUAAUUCUAAGCUUCCAUUCAUCUAUUUUAUAUAAGAAUAUGUAUCCUUCUUUUCCUUGUUUUCAAAAUCUGUAAUGCUACACUUCCGUUCAUCUGUUUUCUUUGUUCCUUCUCCGAAAGUUCUUUGUUAUUCACGCAUUCCUUUUGCAGUUGUUUUUAUUGGGUCAACCCUAUUUGCUUUACAACAACUAUCUGGUAUAAACGCUGUGUUUUAUUUCUCUUCGACUGUUUUUAAGAAAGCGGGAGUACCAUCAAGUCUUGCAAAUGUCUUCAUAGGGAUUGUGAACUUAACAGGAAAGAGGAAUCAACAUGCUUUUUGUGCUGGGUGGGAACGGAACUCAUGCUGGGGCAAAUGUAAUUCACAAAGAGUGCUGUAGAAGAGGGGUAAAGGUGGCUAAUUGGUUAGUUAUUUUUGAGAUUUUGUACUGAUACUGGUUUUAUACAUUUAAGGUACCUUUCCAUUUACAUGGUCCUCAUGGUGUUUUGCGGCAUCUGAAAUACCUCAUUGAGACAAAAGGAUCAGCAGUGGUCUGUGUUGCUGAGGGAGCAGGGCAGAAACUGUGAAGCUAUAUGGAACAGUUGGAAUGGGAAAUGGAGAGAACGAGCCAAAGCAAGAGUGAGAGAUGGAGGAUGUUAUAGUAGACAUUACUCUCCAAGUUUCUUGUUAUAGUUACUUUUCAAUAUGUUGAAUAUUUAACAAUACUUGAAUACUUAAAGAACAUUUUGUUGUUGAUGACAUUGUAGAAUAUUUUAAACUAAUUUGUGGAUUGUUAAUACAAUGUUGAAUAUUUUUACUUUUUGUUA